AUGUUAAGAGAAACUGAGGAUUUUGGAUUUAAUGAGCCUCGUGCAAAACAAAAAAUACAAACAAUUGCAAUCACUAACAGAAUCAUUUUUGGACCACAUUUGUUAUGGUGUAUUAGUAUUCACCGCAGAAAAUUUCCUAACAGUUCCACUAGUAAUCUCCAUCCUUAUUCUAAAAUUCUUACUGUAAAUUUGAAAAAUAUAAUUCUUAAUGGCGUAACAAAAUUAAACAAUACAGAUAAUUUUUUAGAGCGAAAUGUCAUUAGAGCAAAGCGAUUUAUCAGACAUUUGCACCUUAGAAUCUAUAAUGAAAUUCGAGACAGUCAUGGCAAUUAUAUUAUACCAUAUGUCAUUACCGGUCCUUAUACCUAUCAUCAAUACGCGGUGAUUCAUGGUGCAUUUGAAACGAUCGCAGAAAAUACUUGCAUAAGAUUCAAACCAAGGACAUUCGAGCCGAAUUUUAUCGAUCUACAAAAUAGAUAUGGAGAAGGAUGUUGGUCAUGGAUUGGAAAACAUGGUGGACAAAGUAUAGUGAAACUUGAAGCAAGCAAUAUGGAAAAUUGUAUUAGGCAUCAAACCGUCUUGCAUGAAUUGUUCCAUGCAAUCGGUUUAAGUCAUGAACAUGCUCGAGCAGAUCGUGAUCAUUUCGUUAGAAUAAUUUAUGAUAAUAUUAGGCGAGUUUAUGCUUUUUUUGAUGAUGAUGAUUGUUUAUAUAAUUUCGAGAAGAGCGAUUUUGAAACAUUUGGUUUUCCCUAUGAUUAUGGAAGUAUUAUGCAUUAUAGCAAAUUUAUGUGCCAACGAACAAGGGGAGCACUAACAAUUUUAGCACCUUAUCAUUUGACGAACUUAAUUGGCAUUGGACAUGAUGCAAGCCCAGUUGAUUACUAUAAAAUAUGUGCACUCUACAAUUGUCGUUAUUGCAUGGGUCAACGUUUUAAUCUUGCAGAAAAAGUUAGAGCAAUACAAGCUCAUUCAUUUAGGAUCUUCUACAGCACUUGGAUUUUUUAA